CGCGACUCACGACUGAUCAUGAAUGCGAAUCGUAGGGUUUGUGUGACUCGACACCCUCGACACCCUCCACAGCUUCAUCGCUCCGCCAUUCACUUCGCAAAAUUCAACAAAGACGCGGACGCGGAGAGCAGUGUGAGUCCAAGGCAUCCUCCGCAUGCUCAGAGCUGGCAUCGCACUUGCACUCUGGCCCUUCAGACCCAUUCGGCUCUGCGAUAGCGUCAUCAUCGCACCAUCUCUUGGGCCCAGCAAGAUCCGCUCGACGUCUCACUCGACCGCGGUCUCGCAGCUUUACCAAGGGAUGCCUCGCAAGCGAGAUCUAUUCAUGCCAAGUGCGGGCGCAAGCACAAGUUCAGCAGGGCCCUCAUCCCUCAGCAAUCCUUCACUCAUAGAGGAUCCCAAUAUCCGAUCGGGCGCCACAGCGGCUCGAGAUGCUGCACUUGGCUUGGCGGAGAGCGUCACUCUGGCCAGGGAGCUGGCUGGGGGUUAUGCACUCCGAAGAAGAGUGUCGAGCGUGCCUGGCAAGGGGCAGGAAGAGGAAAAAGAGCAGAUCAAGCCGAAGCGGCGAAAGACGGCGUGCAGGGCUGGUGAUGCCGAGCGCAAAGCAUCUGCAUCGGAGAUUUCAGCCGGCACGUCGACACACGAAAGCCCUUCGGAGCUGCUGGAUCAUGACGAGACGGCAAGCGCAUCGGACUCGGACUACUGCACGCCCAAGAAGCGCAACACCACAAAUCGAGCAACUCCGAAGCGCAAGGAAGCUGGAAACGUCUCAGACACCAAGGUCACGAAGCGCAAGAUCAAAACCGAUGCGAGUGGUGCGAACGAGGCUGACGAGGCGUCGCUGCUGAGACACACAGACGGCACGCCCCUCUCUCCGCGCAAACCGAUCAAACGAAUCAAGCUGUCGCUCGAACAAUCCGAAAUCCUUUCUGCUCCUUUGCAGUGGGAAGAACAAUUAGCAGUGUUGUCUGCUCAGCGCAAAAGAAUCAGAGCCCCUGUAGAUACGAUGGGUUGCGAGGAGAAUGGAAGGGACGAAUUUAGAGGGGACAAGGAUAGAGUCAAGGAAGAUGUGGAGAGGGAACGAAAGAGGGAAAGGUUGGCUGUGCUUGUUGGGCUCAUGCUCAGUUCUCAGACCAAAGAUCCAGUCACUGCAGCCGCUGUCCGCUCGUUGCAGACCAACUUACCGGACGGCCUGACACUCCACUCGCUCCUGACCGUGCAACCUGCGCAUUUCAACUCUCUCAUCAACAAAGUCGGUUUCCACAAUCAAAAGACGAAGCACAUUCUCUCCAGCGCGCACUACCUCUCUCUUCAUUACGACGGCGAUGUUCCACGAACAGUGGACGAACUAUGCACUUUACCGGGCGUAGGUCCCAAAAUGGCCUUUUUGGCCGUUCAGGCUUGCUGGGGGACCAAUGCUGGCAUUGGAGUGGAUACGCACGUGCACAGAAUGACGCAGAGGUUGGGAUGGGGUCCUACGAAGAAUCCGGAAGAGACGAGAUUGAGAUUGCAGAGCUUUCUACCCGAUCAGCUUCACACCACGAUCAACAAGACGCUCGUAGGUUUUGGACAAGUGAUUUGCGUACCUGUUGGUCCUAGAUGCGACUUGUGCCAUCUGGGCAGCAAAGGCAUGUGCCCUUCCUUUAAACACAUCGACGCAAAACGAGCAGCUUCGCGCAUCAAAGUGGAACUCUUGCCAGAGUCCACCGAGAGUAUGCAUAGCGUCAAGCGCGAGGAGACGAAGCAGGACCCUGGUCCAACAGGCGAGGUGGAGAGAGCGCAAGGUGUGCAGAGCAAUGUUAAUGGCUCAAUGACGAUGAGCGCACGGGUCAAGGGAGAGGACAGCGAGGUGGCUAGACGAUCGUCUGAUGUGGCUUCGCAAGAGGCAGACGCAAAGGAUGCAUUAGAGGCGGAAGAUCUCCUCUUGGCCUCUUUGGUCGCCCCAAGUCCUUCCCGGCGCGCUGCUCGUUCGCGAGGACAACGGGUCAAGUCAGAAUUGGACUGGUGAAAUCUCGAUAUGCUCCUCCCGACCUGCAUUGCGUUCACCUCCUAUAUCCUGUCAUUGCUGAACAUUCAUCAAUUUAGCAUCAAACGACGUACAAGAGCAGCGUAUUCGUGGGCAUCAGAGCAAGGGGCGUAAUCGAUAUGCGUGACUGGUCAAGGCUUCUCAACAGGCAUUGCUAGCGGGUGAAGCGUGUCCUCGUCAGAAUCGAGCUGACGAAGCAGCGGCCAUUUGACGAGAGGAAGGGCAGCAUCGCCUUUCUCUCAUCCUGCGCGGACACUCUUCAGUAGCGCAGCAGCUCCCUGAUCUGCGUUGCCAUUGGCGUUGGCGCUACCAUUCGCGCCGCUCGUUCUAGCAUUGGCAUCGGACGCCAAGGCGCCCUCUCCACCCGCGCCACUCGAUCCAGCCUUGUUGUUGUCUUCGAGCAGCUCGACCAGAGCACUGACCACGUGAUCCACCUCUUCCGCCCCAAUGUUUCCCU